CAUCCAGAUCGAGUCCCUGGAUGGUAAAGUCGUCAUCUGUCUCCCUCCGCUCUUAGAGUGCAAUGAAAUCAUGAAUAACCGCGCUGGGAUCCCGACACCAAGUGCGGUGCUACACCAGCCGCAUCUCCACCACAUCGCCAAACACAUCCCAGAACUGGAUCCGAAAGCGGAAAUACUCCUGCUAUUAGGAAGAGAUGUUAUCCAGGUACACAAGGUUAGGCAUCAGAUCAAUGGACCACUCAACGCCCCCUUCGCGCAACGUCUGGAUCUGGGCUGGGUGGUGAUAGGAGAGGUGUGUCUCGGUGACGUACACGAACCGAUGGUUAACACACUCAAGACCAAUGUGCUAGAGAGUGGCCGCCAUUCAAUCUUUCAACCCUGCCCGAGUGUCCCGUGCAUCAAGGAAGCACAACAAGGCGUUAACAAGCGCGAGGCAAGCGACGAGUCGCUGGGCCAGUCAGUCUUCGCUCUAACGAAGUAUGACAACAAACUUGCACAAUCAGCUCAAGAUACCAUUUCUUUAAAAACCAAAGACACCAAGGUCUUCAGAGAUGAAGCAAAUAAUGGGGUUGCCCCAUUGCCUAUCAGAGAACCAUGCCAGCGCUCACCAGAUAACAAAGAGCAGGCAGUCAAACGGUUCACGUCCUUACGGAAAACCCGGAAAAGGAAACCUGAGAUGCAGCAACACACCCGAUUGGCCCACGAGGUACUGUGCACCCUAAUGGCAGAGGUCACAGCCAUUAUAAACGCACAAUCAUUCCUACCUGUGUCUUCUGACCCAGAAAACCCCUUUAUACUUUCGCCAUCAACGCUCCUUACGCAGAAGGCAGGAGCACCUCCGCCACCAGGAGACUUUUCAGACAAGGAUUUGUACACAAAGCAAUGGAGACAAGUCCAGGCUCUGGCAAAUCAGUUCUGGUCCCGCUGGAGACAGAAAUAUCUACCUUUGUUGCAACAGAGACAAAAGUGGACAGAACCCCGCAGGAAUCUUCAAGUUGAAGACUUAGUCCUGCUCAGGGACAAGCAAGUCGCUCGCAACAGCUGGCCAACGGCCAGAAUCACUGCUACAUUCCCUAUCGAGGAUGGACAUGUCAGGAAGAUCGAAUUGAAGACUACCGACCAAGGCGAUGUGAAAAUUUACCAAGGGCCAGUUACAGAAGUUAUUCUACUUCUACCCAAUGACUGAUUAAGAGACUAAGUUUUGUACUCUGCUCAUUGUGACCUUACGAAGGUCAAGCGGGGAGUGUGCUGUCUUUACGACAGUUAUUUAGUUUAUAAUAUUUUCGCUUAGUAAUUCAUUCAAUAGUAUUUUCUAGUUAGAAUUAGAAGUGUUUAAAGUAUAUUCAUUGCAUGUAAAAUAUAUCGGCAUGCGAUGACGUCACAUCCGGUUUCGCCGCGUCUUGUGGGAAAACACCGGUUUGAAAUUAGCGCGAGGGUGGGGGCUUUCCACGAGGCUCACCUGAGCACAAGCAGUUUUGCAGGCAUGAGAAAUCACAGUGAGAGCAACGCUUUUUCACCAUAUGUUAAUGUGAAGAGUGAACAGUAAAUGGUUAAUCUUA